UAUUACCGGGUUGGGCGGGCCGGGCCGGGUCGGGGAGGGGUUUGUGGGCGAGCCCUGGGUCCCCCGCCCGCUGAGGAGAUGGAUGAGGAUGGGCUUCCUCUCAUGGGGUCAGGCAUAGACCUGACUAAGGUGCCAGCUAUUCAACAGAAAAGAACGGUGGCAUUUCUAAACCAGUUUGUGGUGCACACUGUACAGUUCCUCAACCGAUUUUCUACAGUUUGUGAGGAGAAACUGGCAGACCUUUCUCUUCGUAUCCAGCAAAUUGAAACAACUCUCAAUAUUUUAGAUGCAAAGUUGUCAUCUAUCCCAGGGCUAGAUGAUGUCACAUUUGAAGUAUCUCCUGUAAGUGUCACUAGGAUCACAAAUGAAACACAUUCUGAAACCACUUCAGAGCAAUCACAGCCGAACAGUUUACAAGACUCUGGACCACAGGAAAGUGAAGUAACACCAGAAAAUAUCUUAACUGUAGCCAAGGAUCCAAGAUAUGCCAGAUAUCUCAAAAUGGUUCAAGUGGGUGUUCCAGUCAUGGCAAUAAGAAACAAAAUGAUAUCAGAAGGACUAGACCCAGAUCUUCUUGAGAGGCCAGAUGCUCCAGUGCCUGAUGGUGAAGGCACCUCUGAGAGGAGACAGUGUGGAAGCCAGCCAUUUCUGGCUCACACCGAGAUAGCAAGCUGGUCUACCCAUGAACAAGACCCACAUUUUCCUUCUCUGUCAUCUGGUGAGGUUCCUAGGCAUUGUGAUGCAGACCAGGCAUUACCGCCAUCCUGCUUAUCCUAGCAAUAAGGAGUGUGUCCAUGCCUUGCAACAGGAUGCCUUAAACAGAUGAGUAAAUCACAGUACACAAUAAAUUUUAUGGCUGGAGAAAUUAUUUCUGCGGAAAUCUCCCUCUAACAGGACCCAGCCUCUACAUAGGACAUGUCUGGGAAAGAGCAAGAGAACUGGCCAAAACUCAAGAUGAGUCAUAGACCUUCUGCUGCAACAUGGAAAGAGAGGGAGAGAGACCCAAAAGGGAGAAGAGUUGGCUCUCAGUAGCUUUCCAUUCGGCUGGAAAAGGAACAGCUCUGGUUGCUACAACUAUGGUUGCUCCUUCUUGCUAUUUAUGGAUGGGGUGGCUGUUACUGCAGUCCACUAGUGCCCCCUAUUGUCCCCUUCAGGAAACUCACAGGGCAGCAUGAACGGCUAAACCUGGGCAUUCCUAUCACUUGUGCUAACAUUAGCCUGAUGAGCAAGAGAGCUGGAACCUGGGACCCCGAGCCCGGAGACCCUUCUGCUUCCGCUGGAGGCUCAGAGAACUCUACAUCCUCCAACCACAUCGCCUGCUGGAGGUCGGACGCCAAGCCCAUCCGUCUGACAAGUGUAGUCCCAACUUUGUCUUUUUCAAAAUGACAAAAGGAUUUUGUGGACAGUGAAACUAUUCUGUAUGAUACUACAAUAGCAGCUACAUGCCAUUCUACAUUUGUCAAAACUCAUGGAAUGUGCACCACACCGAGUGAACCCUAAUGGAUACUACAGACUAUGGUGUAAUGAUGUAUCAAGGUAGGUCCAUCAAUUAAAGCCUAUUAUUUCUAAGUAAGUUAAGUUUCUCAAAGCUGGAGAAUCAAUCUCUCUCUCUCUCUCUCUCUCUCUCUCUCUCACCCCUGCAUCGCUGGUGUUCCCCACUCACUGGGUCAUUCCACACUGACCACCAAGCUACAAGGUCAGGGAGGACUAAAAGGCUUGUGGCUUCUCCCUGGUUCUGUAAUGGUUCAGUUUGCCAGAAAGAGGAAAGGGAAUAUUGUGGUCGAUGAUUGAUGUCUAUAAAAGCAAAAUGUUCUCAGAAGAUAAGGAAGUAUAAGUGAAGUGGCAGCCCUUCAAAGAGAUCCCAAAAGAGAAAGUGGAUAGAAAAGGGAUGAGAUUAGAAGAGGCAGAGACAAAAGUGCAAGAUCACAAUGAAAAACCCAAGUGAGAUGGAGACACUCUUGACCAUGAAAAGGAGAGUGGGCAUCAGUUGGGAGGAGGUAAAAGACAGUGGCAUUCUGCUGUCCGCAGAGAGGGGAGCAAACAGCCUCACCCUCCCUGCCCUAGGGGCUUAAAUAAAAGGGAGAGUGAAGAGGGCUUUGUAGAACAGUGACACCAUCAGCUGGCUUCUGUCCCACACCAUGUACUGCAGAAUCCACAUGAUGAAUGAAUGAGUUGCCAAGAAAAGGUGAACUUACAAUCAGCAUCCCCAGUUUAGAUGGAAGGGUGAAAUAGCUGGAAGGAUUUUCCAACAAAAAACACUCAUGUGAUAAGAUUCCAAAGGCAAGAAGAUAGUAUUUGUCAUAUCACAGAUUGCAGUUCCCGUUGGUCCCAGCGUUCCCACUUACGGGAAUUUCUCCCACAGAUUUCCUUGCACCCGUGUGAAAUGCUGUAUGUACUAGGUCACUCACUUAUAAUUGCAAAGCUUGGAAACCACAUGAUUGGUCAUCAAACAGGGGACUUGUUAAAUAAAGGAUGGCACAUAGAAUACUGUACAAGUGUAAAACAGAACAAAAAAACCCAAAGAAGCUCUCUAUGUGUUGAUAAGGAAACAUCUCUGAGAUACAUUGCUUAGUCAAAAAAGGCAGGCUCAAAACUGUUUGCAAGAUAUGCUACAUUUGGGAUAGAAAUUAAAAGGGAAACGUUCUUAAAUGUGUGUUUCUGCUUGUAUUUUCAUUAAAAGGGGCUAUCUGCCAGAAGAGCGGUGAAUUAAGUGUGGGUAGAGGAAAGUACAAAGGCUUUUCACAGAGUACCUUUUUGUAUCGUUUUGGUUUUUGAAUCACAUCCAUAUAUUACUGAUUCGAGAUUUUAAAAAAAGAAAACGUGGUUCAGAGGGUAAGAGCUGUGAGUGCGAAUGGUUGAACCGCCUGCCAUCUAGAGAUUAUUUUCCACCCCAGCACAGCGAGUCCAGAUAACAGCAGUUUGCUGUAUCUGCAUAUUAGGAGAACUCUUGGGUAUUUGUAUUAAGUCAGGGCUCUUAUAGGAAUAAGCAUGGGAAAUCCAGCUCAAGUUUACCGAAGUUAAAAAGAGAUUCACGUAACUGGAGAGUCCAGAGGUAGAGCCGGCUCUGGGGAUGGAGGGCUUUGCUCGUCACUGAGGGACUACCUAGGCUGCAGGCUCACUAGGUGUCAUCUAUCUCAUGGCACCCUGACCCAAACCACAGUGCAGAUGGCUGGUAGCCCCUUCAGCAUUUUGCAAGCAUUGAUUUUGGAGGUCACCCCCCCCACCCCAGUGUGAGUUUGGCAUACCGCUGCCCUUCAUUUUAGAAGAUGAAUCUGCUGGGGGUGACCCAGGAGCGUCAGAAGCUUCUCCUCCAGGGCUUGAGGCUGUGGUUGCUCUCUUGUGCAACAGACAAGAUGCAGAUGCAUGACAUUCUGGCCUUGAGAAUGCAGGGUAUUCAGAGCCAGACCAAGAGUAUGUGUGUGGGGAGACGGCUGGGCCUCCAGGCUUGCCAGAAUCAAGGAAUGGGAGAGAAUGGAGACCACUUAUCUUCCUCCCACUCCCCCUUCCUCAUUCCAGGCCCAAAUACCAGACCAGUGUGUCUCCAAAUGAGUAAAAACUGGGAACAUGGGACUAUGCCACAUGUAAGGGAUGUUAGGAAACCCAAACACAGCACAACACUGAUGUACUUAAUUUGGUUUAUGAAAUAUAAUUUCUGUGGAAUCCUCUGUUAAUGUUUGGGGAGAAAAAAAAAAAAAAA